ACUCCUGGGCUCCUAUCGCCCGCCCUGCUCCCUGCUGGGCGCCGCGGGUCUCGAUCCUGGAGAGAAAACAGACGGAAUACCCCGGAGCUGCCUGGGUGGGGAAACACCGCCUCAGCGGAUUUGAAAGGGCUUUGAGAAGAAGCAUGCCUUCUGUUUGGGAGACUCCCGGUGGAUCAGAAGCAAUGCCUGAGACAGUGAUGAAAAUCAUUGGAAGUAAACACUUUCGGUACCUUGUGGAGAAGCCAAAGAUCAAGGAAUAUGAGAACCUGAAGGCAGAAACUCAAACAGUACUCCAGAAAUCCGUGACUGGUGGUGCAAAGCAGAUGAGCAGAGACUCUCCAGCUCCUACUAAUCCUACCGAUCAUCAAAUCAAUCAUAACUCAGAUGAUAAGGAAGAAAGCAAGCACCCAGAGAACAAUCAGAAACCAGAGAACAACCAGAAAUUCCUGACAGGAGCACUCAGGAGCAGAUUUCUGGAUGGCAAAAUUCCCAGCCAGGCAAAUGCCCGCUGCAGCUCGGUACCAACUGGAGACCAGUCCCUGUCCUAUAUCCAUGGCCUCCCCAGGAGAAACAUUAGAGACCGGCCCUUGGAACAGAUGGCAAGGGACAGCUCUGACCAACCUGAGGAUUUUGGCCAGAGGCCAAGUGGAACAACAAGAGAAGAUGCUUUUCUUCUUGCCCUGGUCAGAAGAGAACUCAGAUCAUGCCCUUUGAGUUCUGGCUUACUAGAAAAUUUCCAGAAAGAGCUGAAGACCCUGGAUCCUAUCUCUUCAGGAUUUCUUCUCCAAUCUCAACUGAGCCGCCUUUUCUUGAGGCAUGAAGUCCCUCUACAGUUACCAACAGUCACGAUCCUUUGCCAGAGAUUUUCUAGGAGGGACUCUCCAGAAAUGGUGAAUUAUGGAAAGCUCCUCUGGUUUUUAAGAGCUGCAGCUUUAGAGGAUCCACAGCAAAGCAAAGAAGCUGUGGGCAGCAACCCGAGGAAAUCUCAGGGUUGUCAUCAUCAUGGCCAAAGUACGACUCCUCGAGAUGCCAGCCUUUGGUCAGAAGUGGGCAAGGACCUAUUGGAGAUCCUGAUGGCACUAAGGACAACCCAUGGAAAACUCGACCUAGAGGGCCUCAGUCUGGGUUUUCAGAAAGAAGACCACUCUUUCUCUGGCUCCCUGCCCCCCGCGAAGGUCACGGCUAUAUGUGGAAAGCAUGGAUUAUAUCUAACUUCGAAUCUCCUGGAAACAUUGCUAAACCAUCAAGAUUUGGGGUACCACGGUGAAAUAAAAUGGCAGAAUUUUGUUGAAUUAUUGAGCAAAGCUUCCUCUGAUUUGUCACAUGAUUUGCCUACAGGAAAGAAUGUAAAGAAAACCUCUGGCACUGCAAAGCAGGCUGAAGUCCCUGAGAUGUCUCCAGGCAAAACAGAACAUAUGAAAACUCCAGAAGAGGAGCCGCAACCAGAAAACCCUCCUGCUGAGAUUUCAGCUCCCAAAGAUCCCCUGAGUGCUCUGAAGGUCAGGCCAGUCUCACAGCCUCCUGUGAGUCCGACGAUGAAGAACGAAUCUGAAGAAUAUGACACAUGGAUCGACAGGUUCAGGAAGCUGGAAAAUGCCCUCUACCUGUGUGAUCUGAGUAAUACAGGAGUUCUGGAGAAGGAAAGGGCCAGACGCCUCAUUCACAACUACAAUCUCAUUUACAACCUGUCCCUGAGCCCUCGGAAAAUCGACCAAGCCUUGAGGAGAUUCUGUGUGGGAGAAAAUAUGCUCUUGGAGCCAGCACUUCGGUACUUAAAGGAGCUAUGAUAACAAGCCCAUAUUGUGAGAACAGAUGUUUCCUUUAUCUUCAUUUUUACCCAGACACGUGUUUCUCCCCGGCCUGAGUGAGGCCAAUACAGGGACUGGAGAUGGUUUGGACUUGGACUUCUUCUCUGGCUAUGAUCCUUCCUCAUAAGCAGCUCAGAGUGACCCGAGAAAACGGGGUUUCGUCUCCUGAGGUGGCA